AUGUUGUUCCUAUUAAUAUUUUGUAGUUCUGUAGUGAUACCAAUUCUCUUUGUAAUUCACAUUGCACUACAACCGAUAAAGCAAAAAUUACAUGGAAAGGUUGUGUUGGUUACCGGUGCUGCACGUGGACUUGGACAACAGAUAUGCAUCAAAUUAGCACAAAAGGGCUGUCAUAUUAUAGUUGUUGAUAGUUUAUUAACUGAUGAGACAUUAAGGAAGUUAAAGCCUUAUCAUGUGAAAGUUAGAAGUUAUCAAGUUGAUGCCUCAAAUGAACAGGAAGUCCUGCAAUUGAAAGAGAAAGUGAUUAAUGAUUUUAGAGCUGUGGAUAUAUUGAUUAACAAUUUUUGCUGUAUUUCGAGUAAGCCGAUAUUACAGCAGUCUAAAGAGGAAGUUGAUGGAUUGACAAAAAAUGGAAUUGUGGAUGUUAUUUUUAUGACAAAAUGCUUCCUCGAAGAGAUGAUAAACAGAGGUCGCGGACAGAUCGUGUCAAUAUCCUCAAUGCUAGAGAAUUCUGAUCUGACAAGUUAUUCCAUCACUAAAUGGGCAAUGUCUGGAUUUAUGUUGGGUUUGAAGAAUUUUUUGCAGAGCAGACAGUUGACAGGCAUUAGGACAAUGAAUGUUUUUGCUGGAGUGAUUGAUAGUCAGAAUGAGUUAAUUGCUGAUGAAAAUCAGAAGAGUCAGGAACAAUUGCAGCACGUAAUAGCUUAUCAAAGGCCAAUUAAAUGCCACACAGAAUUCAAGCCUUUAGCUUUAUUACCACUAAAAACCUUGCCAACAUCUUGA